AUGCUGGGCCGCCGCCGCAACCUGCCGUCUAUCAGCAGCCCGCGCGCCUUCGAGCGCUCGCGGGCGGAGCGCGCGGCCAUCAACACGCCGAUCCAGGGCAGCGCCGCCGACGUGGCGACGGCCGCGAUGCUGGCGAUACAGCGGGACGAGUGGCUGCGGGAGAAUGGCUGGCGACUGCUGCUGCAGGUCCACGACGAGGUGAUGCUGGAGGGCCCCAAGGAGAGCGCGGCCGAGGCGCGCCAGCGCGUCAUCGCCGCCAUGGAGAACCCCUGGGCCAACCUGGGGCACAGCUUCGAGGGCCGGCCGCUGCGGGUGGAGCUGGUGGUGGACUGCAAGGCUGCGGACACAUGGUACGACGCCAAAUGA